CAAAACACCACACCCCUUUCACAUGGGAAAAAAAACAACAAAAAACCACCUUGUCUGGGUGUGAGUGGGGAGGAAGAGUAUCUGGGUUAAAAUCUUGGGAGCCAGAGUGAGAUGGUCCAGGGUUGGCAUGGGGGCCUAGGUGAGUGCUCUGGGAACAGAGCUUACAAGUGAUCACAGGCAGUGGGAACAGCGUGUGUGGGGAUGGAGUUGUUCUUCAGAUACUCAAGGAUUCUUGAGGAGUCCCUCUGUGGGGAGGUGGUAGGGGAGCAGGACCCUAGUACUGGGGCCAUCCUGAGGAAGGAAGAAGGAACUAGAUUACAUGGGAGAGCGUCUUCCGUUGACCAGUCAUCUCUGCAUGGGGUCAGGAACCAGGAUAUCCUGGCUUCUAGUCACCCAGUGGCUCCCCUGGAAUUCCUUAGAUGUAACUGCCUGGGAGGUCCUUGUGUAGGGAAGAGGCACGCCUGAGAGCAGCCUGCACCGUCCAAAGUGAGGUGGGGGAGGGGGGCUCUGGGGCUGUGAUGUGAGUCUAGGGGUGCUAGCUGACCUAGGCGUCCUGCCUCCACCUAUAAUUACCAAGCUUCCCCACGCGGGGUUUGCCCCCGUUCUGUGGCUUCCAGUAACUAUCAGGGAUGAAAGGUGGCCUUCCCUGUGAUUAUGGAGAUGACAGGUGGGUACUGGUGGGUGCAGGGUGUGAAUGGAGGAGGUGUGGAGACUGGGUGGGGCCUCCUGGGGUCUGGGUCACUGAUAGGGAGACCUGGCUGAUGGGACCUGGGCUGGGGGACUGAAGAGAUGUUACCAGCAGGUUCUUUGUAAACGGGUCUGACCAGUUGAGCUCUGAUGGGGAUUCCUCACGUCACUGGGCUGGCCCCUCCCCACAGACUGGUCACCUCCUUUACCUCUACUAUAAAGCCUCGGGUUCUCAAGCACUAGACCCAGAGCACCCCACCUUGGGGGUCAGUAGACAGCCAUGAUGCUCAACUGGAAGCUGCUGGGGCUCCUGGUCCUUUGCCUGUGUGCUGGAGGCAUCUCAGGCAGUGAGGACCCCUCUCCCAGACCCACAGAAGCCCAAGAAGAGGAGGACUCCUCAGCAUUGCCCCUGGGCCCCCCAAUCCCUGGGGACCCCUGGCCAGGGGUACCUCCUCUGUUUGAUGAACCUCCACCCCCAGGCCCCAACCGGCCCUGGAGAGAUCUACCUGAUGCUGGUGUCUGGCCCCCAGAACCCCCUAGCACCAAUCCCCCUCAACCUCCUCUGCCUGAUGACCCCUGGCCAGCAGGAACCCAGCCCCCAGAAAACCCCUGGCCACCUGCCCCUGAGAUGGACCAUGGAUCUCAGGAGGAGCCAGACCUUGACCCACCCCAGGAAGAGUACAGAUAGGGAGGAGCCCCAGGGAACUUGGGUGUCUAGACCUCAACCUCCAGGGAGGGUCUGAGGACUGUGCUCCCUACUGCCACCUGGUGGCCUUAUCUGGGAAACGACAGUUGACCAGGAUGGUGCUUCCGAUAGAAAAAUAAAAGCCACUUUUCUUCUGUA